AUGGCGACAAAACGGGCUCUCGGCGUGCUCCGUACAAGCAACAGCGUAGCCUCGUCCUCUAGGGGACUGGCCACGACUAUGAUUUCGCGAGACGAGCUCUCCCGCGCCCAAGUAUCCGACCCCUCCCCCGUCGACAUGGGCCCCAAGGCCGACAAGCUUCGCCUCGAGUUCCCCCCCCUCAACCGCGUCCCCCAAACCCACGGUGUCCACGUUGCCACGCUCCACCUCCGCGCCCACUACCCCUUUGCUCUGGACAUUCAAAGUCGGAUUGCGAUGCAGGCCGCUUCGUCGCUCAAGAUUCCUACUUCUGGAGUCGCGUCCUUGCCCACCAAGACGGAGCUUACGACCGUUAUCAAGGGUCCGUUCGCGCAUAAGAAGAGCCAGGAGAACUUUGUGCGCAAGACGCAUAAGCGCGCGAUCAAGGUGUUUGAUGCCGAGCGCGAUGUACUCGACCUCUGGCUCAGGUACCUCCGCAAGAAUGCUAUGGGGGGCGUGGCGAUGAAGGCUUACGUUCACGAGUAUGCCGAGUUUGGAUUCGGCGCAAAGGAGAUGGCAAACCUCGAGAACAUGCUGGCGGGCGGUAAGGUCGCGGCUGCGGCCGAGGAGAUUGUCAAGGCUUUUGGCGGGCUCGAGUUUGAGGAUGCAAAGGCCCAGCCUGUCAAGGAGGUCGAGGCCAAGGCUGAGGCCACCGAGGAGGUCAAGGCCGAGGAGAGUGUGGAGAAGACCGAGGCCACCGAGGCCGCCGAGACCGCCGACGCUGCCAACGCUGCCGAGCCAGCAACGGCCGAGACCAAGGACACUCUGGCAUAG